GUAUGGAAGCAUCCACAGCGGGCAGCGUGUCAGCGCCUUUACCUGGGCGAUGUGCUUUUUAUGUUACAAAAAAGAAACGAUAUUGCAAGAUGACUGUUGGGAGAGGAAAAACCUUCUGCGGGGAACAUGCAAACGCUGGUGGAGACACCGAGAAAAAACGAAUACCUUGUCCUUUGGACCCCAAACAUACUGUAUAUGAAGAUAAUUUGGCCAAACAUCUGAAGAAAUGCAACUCCAAGGAAAAGCCACAACCUAGAUAUUAUGUGAAGGACAUCAAUGCUGGGAGCGGAAGUGAAGGCGAAGCCAUAGAGGAGAUUUCAAUCGCUGAUCGAACCAAAGAGGAACUGGAUGAAUUGAUUGUGAAACUCAAGACUGCAUUACAAGAACUGAACACCAAGAUUGUUGAAAACACACUUUCACACAAUGCUCUGAAUGAAGCUUUAAAUGAUCCAAAGAAUGGAGACUCCGCCAUCAAACACCUUAAGCAACAGGCUUCGAUUUUAGGAAACAUGGAGGCUUUGAAACUGCUCAGCCCAGACAGAUGCUACAUAGAAUUUGGUGCUGGCAAAGGAAAACUGUCCCACUGGAUUCACGUCGCUCUCAAAGCAUCUGAAAAUGUCCACUUUUUGCUCGUGGAGCGGUCCAGUACUCGUUUCAAGGUAGACGGCAAACACAAAAAUGCAGACUCUACGUUUGACAGGCUGCAGGUGGAUAUUCAGCACCUUGAUCUGAAUCGAGUUCCCCUCCUGAGAGAAAAAAGACGUCCUGUGGUUGGUGUUGGAAAGCAUCUCUGUGGUGCAGCAACAGAUCUUGCCCUUCGGUGUUUAUUCGAGCGCAUACGCAAAUUCGACGAUGACCCUCCAACCAAGCGUGUAAAGCUCCAGCAAGAGGAUGGAGCUGGUGAUGAGACAAAGCCACGUGAAGGUCUUGUCGUGUCGGGACUGGCCAUCGCUUUGUGCUGCCACCACCGCUGCGACUGGAGACACUAUGUUGGAAAAGAGUUCUUCAGACAGCGAGGUCUCGGCCCGAAAGAAUUCACAGCCUUUCAGCGCAUGUCGAGCUGGGCUACGUGCGGUAUGAAGAAAUUCAGCUCCGAGAUGCCAGAGCAACUGAGUGAUCAUAAAACAGAAGAGGAAGAAGAACAUGAGAUAGAUGAAGAAGCCAUAACAGAUAGCCUCAAAAGUGUGAUGUCGGUCGAAGACCGGGAACAGAUCGGACGUCUUUGUAAACUUUUGAUCGACCAAGGAAGAGUGCAUUAUCUCCAGCAAAGAGGAUUUGAAUCCAGCUUGAAAUACUAUACAAGCAGAGACGUGUCGUUGGAGAACGUGUUACUAACCGCAGUACCCUCAUCCAAUCAGAAUACAGAUGAAUCUAAAUUGAACACGAACAGCACAUGACACAAACACAAUAUAGCAAUGCUGUAUGUUUUGUUUUUUAUUUGACCAAUGUGUAUGGAUUUCUUUUUUAACUCGCAUUUGAAGCGCUAGCUGGAACAGGAAGUUAAAAACAGGACGUUGACAAUAAUAAACAAACAACAUAAACAGCAAAACAUUGACAGGUUAAAGGUAGGAUGGGACAUCACGGGGUCGGUAUGACGAUGUUUGGUUCAUAAGAACAGAUCAAGCCACAGAAGACAAACCAGCAGACUGAAGCCAGCAUGCUAGUCACGAAGACGACGCUAUCUCUGAUACGCCAUCCAACGUCACGUUUAGCACCGAUGUGAACGUUUGGGAUCCUGUAACACAUAUUUGAGUUGGUCCUUAAGGGGUCUGAAAGCUUUUGUUUUAGUACUGUUUUAUUUAUGCAAUGUUUUAUAUUAAACUUCAACUAAAAGUUUGCACACAAUACAUGUUGAGUACG